AUGAGGCCAUCUGGCGACCAGCAAUAUCUGGCGACACACAAAUUGCCGUGCUCUCUCAGCACAGGUAGUAAAUUGGGUGAAAGCUCACUGGCCUUUAAUCCGUACAGCGGAGAGGACAUUGGGAGUCAGUUGCCUUACCCACCACAGCACAGUGGGCCUGCACGGUCUCGGCUACGGAACCUGCCGCGACCUGUUUCCCUCGUCGCCACUAUUUCCGUUGUACUUAUUAUAGUAUCCUUGUGGAUAUGCAUGCCCCUGCGCAGCAGAGAAUGGUUAUCUGGAGUGACAAAUCGUAGGCUGUCCCAGGGCGGGGAAGGUAUUGAUGAAGAUGAGCUUUCAGUUAUAGAAGGAUGCCUCGACUUGGAGGCCGAUAUGGGGGUUCUUAAGGACAGAGCUACCUCUGGUUCUACAAAUGACUCGUCAGACCGGGUAACGGAAUUAGUAUCAAUGCUAUCAGAAGCUGCCGCAGCGAAGGAAUCAGUAGAAGAACGUCUUCCCGUUGGAGGGGAGGUAGACUCGAGCGGGCAGUGGCUGGAGGGGCGAACUGGUUUUGAGUAUGAAGACAGUGAUAUGAGGUUUUUGCCAACUUCUUCAAAGCAGGCAUUUGUUGAGAAUGGUGAAUUCACUGAUGUGACUCCUGCUCUGGACCCCGAUUCCUGGAUGGAUACAAUUCCAAGCAUCAGCAUUCAGCCUGGAGAGCCGGAAACUAAAGAGGGUUUUUUGGCUGCAGGUGACGAGGACAAUUCGGGUAAAUCAUCAGUAUCACCAUCGAGGACCAUCAGCAUCUUCGCGGGAUUCAGCGAUGGCCCUGUCUCUGAGGAGAUUCUGAAUCAUCCGUUUGUCCGGCUGCCAGUGCUUGAGGAAGGUGUCGUUCCUAGGUACUUCCGUCCAUCUAACCUUUAUGCGAAUCCCACAAGGAGGUCAUCAUUUCAAGUAUAUCUAACCACUUUGAGAGAAUUAUAUGCACAGAAGACACUCAGCCAGAGGGAUGUGUAUGUCCUCCAAACUGCUCUCGAACGGCUUGUGGCUACAGUACAACUUCGCACCCCAGCAAGGCCGAAACGCGAAUUUCCAUGCUUCAUUGUUGAAAUCUUAGGUAGCCGUUUUAUGGCACUUGAUGCCAUCGUGUGUGCUAUCGAACUUCUGGGGGACUAUAUGAGUCUUCCACUAUGGUGGGAGAAGUUUACAGCAGGCAUCAAGGCAGUGCCUCUGCGGUCUGCACGAUCACGCGGAGGUGAUAUGGCGGAAUUCAACAGGCAUCUGGCAACGCGGCUUCUCGCUGCCCUGGAUAUCUACAAAGAGGGGAGACGCCCUCCACUGAAAGAAGUGUAUGCGCUCAAAGUGUUGCUGUUGUGCCCCCCUUUUGGGCGACCGGCUCUGAAGGAUAGAAAGUGGGAUCGCUGGAGGCACGAUGGAAAAUGCUCUUAA